AUGGCCGAGAAUCUCGACGACGGGGAGUUCUGGCUCCCGCCGCAGUUCCUCGCCGACGACGAUGUUGCGGAGACACCCUUUCAGGAAAAGCGUCAGCCUUUUCAACACGAUGCCGUUUUGUUCCCCUCCGAGUUUCCGUACGGGUUCCCUUGCUCCGAACUUGGUUCUCCGGUUGAUUCCACCGCUAGCGGCUCCAGUGAGACGGAAAGUGACGAGGAGGAACAACUCGUAGCUGAGUUGACUCGCCGUGUAGCUCGCUCCUCCCUUCAAACCGAUACCAAGUCUGUGGGGCGAUUUUUGUCUGGUUCACCACAAUCAACGCUUUGUGCUUUUGGAAGUGGGUGUGGAUGUGGCAAAGGGUCAAGCCAGGGCAGUCCUGAUGGUGUUUGCAAGAUGUCUUCUGCGAAAACCACUUGGGAUCUCUUGCAUGCAGCUGCAGGGGAAGUGGAGAGGAUGAGAUUGAGUCAAGAGGGUUAUGCUUUCAACCAACACAAUGGACACAUGGUUCCUCAAAGAAAACCCUCUCCUGUUACCAGUCUUCCCCCCAAAACCACCACUACAACAAACCUUGAGGUUGGUUUUCACACUCAGCAACAACUCUCUCAGCAUCAGCAGUUGCAAAUAGCACAAUUUCAAUUGCUGAGGCAGCAACAGCUGGCAAAACAGCAGAACUCGGUGUGGAGUAUUCAGAAGCAAUGUGGUGGGGUUUAUUCCCAGAGGCAACAAAUCAACCAAGUUGUUCCCAAUAGAGGGAGGAAUAAUGAUGUUAGUGGGAGGAACGUUAGGCCUUUGGGUUUGUCUGCAUCUGCAUGGCCUCCUCUGCAACAUGCCAAACAGCAAAAUCAGCAAUAUGGUUCUGGGAUGAGAGCUGUUUUUCUUGGAAACCCUUCUGGCAGAAGGGAAUGUGCUGGCACUGGGGUGUUCCUUCCUCGGCGAGUGGAUAGUCCUGCUGAACCACGAAAGAAGCCAGCGUGUUCAACCGUGUUGGUUCCAGCUAGAGUGGCGCAGGCUCUAAAUCUGAAUCUCGAUGAUAUGGUGGGGGGCCAGCCGCAACACAUGCAACGAUUUAAUGCUGGUUCCAACAUGGAAAAUGGUGCAGCUGUUUCCAGGCUGAGGAGUAAUUAUGUCCUCUCUCAGCAAAAGCGCAACCUUAAGUCCCAGCCAGCAGUGUACCAUGAGUUUAGGCUUCCACAAGAGUGGACAUACUGA